CCGCCAUGGGCAACGUCAUUAUACGACUAGCAGUGCGACAACGGCAAACAAACUAAUGGAAAGGUGACUCGUUGGCGUGUAUAGGGCUGAUGAGCUGUCGUAAUACUUGACUGACCAGGAGCAAUCUCAAGAUCUCAGAUCUCAUUUGCUUAGCUAACACUAUUUCAUUUAGAUUCGGUGUCCAACGGGGUGGGGUCUACAUGGAAGUCCAGGUAGAUAGAUCUUUACCGUUUGCGCUCCUCUCCCUAGGAAGAAGGGCCCUCUUUCUCCCUCACCGGUCCCUUGUUCCCACGUUACAAUGUCACGAUACCAUACCUGCUGCCAACACGCUCCAUAAACCAGACAAGAGAGGCGUGCGAAGUUAGGUACGGAAGCAAUUCCUGAAGUUUUCUGGCCCCUGCUCAGAGUUAAGGUUUCCAACCAAGAAAGGGGCUAAAUAAAUAUCGUUGCCUGGCGGCGGCCGCCAGGGAAUUUCUUUUUGCGCUGGCUCCUUUUCCCCAAGAAGAAUAACAAGCGAGUCAGUCUUUGCAUGGCUUACCUUACAUGCAGAGUUAUUACAAGCAAGUGACCACGCGUUAAACGAGGUUACAAUAACGUACCUCAUACGAGCUGGGUACCAAAAAAGGCAGAAAUAUGGGAAAGAACGUGAUGAAUAAGCACCAACAGCGCUUGCAGCAGGGGGUCAGCAGCAGGAGCAGCGAAUACAAGCAUGCACUUACGAAUACUAUCCCUCGGACGGUCUCCACUGCUCUUCUAUCGCCCGCGGAGUAUUAGAGAGAAAAUAACAUUUUUGUGUUGAUACCCGGCAAGUUUCGAAUUGCUUCGUUCUUCUUUCGAUUAUUAUGGACUUGACGAAGCAAAGCCCUGGUUCCCUUCUGCUAUUGUCUAAAUUUAGCAUUUGCAACAAGAAUGCAUUACACGUCCCCAAAGGAAGACUUAUCCCAAAAGGAAAUAUGGAUUUCAAGCUAUCUGUUGCGAGAGAGAAAAGCUGAGAGGUCUAUAUGAUUUAUUUAAGUCUCCAUUGAUGCCCUGAUUUCUCAAGCUACUUGACUGCACAAAAGGAUCAAUUAUUCAAUUAAUUCCGCAUUUCUCUCUUUCUUUUAUUCAUUUUUAAUAGAAUCAGGGUCAGGCUUAUUCUCUUCUUGCCCUUUCUUUUGCUCUGCUCUCCUUUCUUAUCCUAGUUCUCCCCCAGGCCCGCCUGCGAUGAAGCAAGCAAACAUGAGCCGCUGCGAUUUUGACAGAAACUCGGAUAAUGUUGGCUGGUUAUACUGCCCCUCCAUUGAGGCUGCUAUCCUGUUUACCUCGCUGUUCGCCGUGACCUCGCUCGCUCAUAUGUUUCAAUGGUUUACAUUCCGAAAGAGAUUUUCUUGGGUGAUAGUAAUGGCUGCCCUAUGGGAAACCGGCGGUUUCGCAUUCCGCAUAGAGUCCGCGAAGAGGAUAGAGGGGUUAUGGCACUUCAUCCCACAACAACUAUUGAUCAUUCUCGCACCCGUCUGGCUUAAUGCCUUUGUCUUUAUGGUUAUGGGGCGGAUGAUCUAUUUCUUCAUCCCGGAGAAGAAGAUCUUUGGCAUCACUGCGCAGCGGAUUACACUCGUGUUUGUGCUGCUGGAUGUGUUUUCCAUGCUUGUGCAAGCGUCAUCUUCCAGCUUGAUGUCAUCCGAUGAUCCGAAAAUGGUCAAAAUUGGCAUCAAUGUCUACAUGGGCGGCAUCGGCCUCCAAGAGCUCUUCAUCAUCACAUUCUUCCUCCUCGCCGGCCGCUUCCAAUACCUAAUGAACCAAAUGGAACGAUACCAACCCAACCUCCUCCCCUGGCGCCGCCUGCUCUAUAGCCUCUACGCCGGCCUUAUCCUAAUCACCAUCCGCAUUAUCUACCGCCUAGUUGAGUACUCCAGCGGCGUGGAAAACGGCCUCGCCACCAGCGAAGUAGCCUUUUACUGCCUCGAAGCCGUGCCCAUGAUUUUCGGCUUCGUGCUGUUCAACGUCGUGCACCCGGGCAUGGUGCUCGUGGGGCCUGAGAGCGAGUUCCCGAAGAAGGAUAAGAAGAAGAUGAAGGAGGAGAAGAAGCAGAGGAAGCAGGAUAAGAAGGAUAGUAAGAAGGCUGCCGCCGCCGCCGCCGCGAACCGGCCGAAGCGCUCGUGGAGAAAGCGCAGCCAUGGUGUCGGUGAUGUGGAGUCGGGAAGUGAUUUGGAAACGGAGGGGUUGCGCAUGCAGGAUGGUUUAAGGGAUUCUCAUCAGGGAAGUGCUUCGACCGGCUCUCCGUAUCACCCAGACAGCCAUUAUCAGCGACUAUGAGGAGGAAUUGUUUGACGGCUUUUCAGCUGAUUUUUAUUGUGAUUUUAUGCAAUUAAUGGGUGCAAAGCGUGGAGUUUACUUUGUGCUAUUUAUUCCCCCUGUCAUGAUUCUGUUGUGUUUGCUCCUUGUUUCUUCUUAUCAUUUUAUGAUUAUCUUAAUUUUGUUUUCACAUCCUUUCUCCUCUCCCCUUGGGAAUCAUUCCUCACGCUCUAUACAUGCACACAGUCACUCCAUUUCCAUCCUGUCAAUAUAUAAAUAUUAAUAUAUACACAUACUCUUUGUUUUGGCUAUGGUAUAGUUGAUGGGUCUUUUUUUUUUAUCCCCUCUCUCUCCUUCCCUAAUUUAACAUUUUCUUUCAGAGCUAAGGGGUCAUUCUCUACAGAUAAUAAGUUUCCUCCCUGCCCCCACCUCCA